GAAAUACAGUGUCGUUAGAAUGACGUCAACCUUGAGUCGCUGAUGCAGUUGUCAAAUAUUUGCACGAUAGCUGAUUUGAUAUUCACAGCGAAAUUACUCACAAUUUAGACACAUACAUAGCUAUCUAGGUGGUGCUCCAUAUAUUCCGUUUUCCGAUCUAUGGAGUUUUUGCAGUUUCUAUCAUGGGCGUGCAUCGUAUUUACAGUCGGGAUGUUCUCGACUGGACUGACGGACCUGAAGAAGAUGAGAGCUUCCAAAAGUGCAGAUAACGUCCAGUUCCUCCCCUUCCUCACCACGUGCCUCAAUAACCUGGGCUGGCUGUAUUAUGGGAUACUGAAGACGGAUGGGACUCUGGUCCUGGUUAACACCAUAGGAGCCUGUCUACAGUCCCUCUACAUCCUCUGCUACUGCCACUACACCAAUGACAAGAGGCGAGUGACCUCUCAGACGUUACUAGCAGGAGGAGUGGUCUGUGGAGGCUGGCUGUACUUCAGUGUUGUCCUGCCUCAGGGAGAGUCUCAGCUGGCCCAGCUAGGUCUCACCUGCAGCCUGUUCACUAUCAGCAUGUACCUGAGUCCACUCGCUGACCUGAUGGAGAUAGUGCGUACUGGUAGUGUGGAGCGUUUGUCCUUCUCUUUGACUGUAGCUACCUUCCUCACCUCAACAUCCUGGACGCUCUAUGGACUACAGCUGCAAGACUACUAUAUCAUGGUUCCAAACACGCCAGGCAUUGUGACCAGUCUCAUCCGGUUCUUCUUGUUCUGGAGAUUUGCAUCUGUCAAUCAAGGUGUGCCAUCCUAUAAACUCAUCGAAAUCUAAGUGGCUGGAGACUCACACCAAUGGUUUCAAGGGAGAGAGAUAACAGGCUUCUUGACCCUAUCAUGGUCAGGCUGUCAAUCACUGAUAUUGUUACUCAUAUUGUAAAUGAUUCAUGAUCACUCCUACCCACCAAGGGUUUAAGAAGACUCUCCUCUCAAGGCAGAAGCUGUCCCUAAUCACAGAUCUAGGAUCAGAGUACCCUAGCAAUGGGGGAUGAAAAAUUAUGAAUAAAUAUCUGACCCUGUAUCAGUGGUUAGGGGCAUCUUCCUCAUCGUUCUCCCUCCACCACUUCCUUUUUGUGCCUUCUGUCCUAGUCUGGGACAUCAUUACUGCCACCUGAGAACUCAACCAUGGGCGGGACAGUCCUGCCCUGUCAAUCACAGUAGUCUCUGUUACCCAGUGGGAGGUUUUUUGCUCAGCAUCAAUGCGCUGCUAUUGGUUGAAUCGCUCUAACUGGGCAGGAUGAUCCCGCCUCUAGUGGGGUGUUAUAGUUGACUUGUGAACUAGGGGUGAACAACUGUUCCUGGUAGCCACAGUAUCUGCUGGGUUGUUCUUCUCUUUUAACUAGACUGAUGUACAUUUAGAAAGUUUUCAGACCCUUUGAGUUUUUCCACAUUUUGUUACGUUACAGCCUUAUUCUAAAAUGUAUUAAAUUGUUUAUUUUCCUCAUCAAUCUACACACAAUACCCCAUAAUGACAAAGCAAAGAGGUUUAUUUUUUUUCAUUUUGUACAUUUAUAAAAAAAAAAGUAAAAUAUCACAGUUGCAUAAGUCAGGCCCUUUACUCAGUACUUUGUUGAAGCACCUUUGGUUGCGAUUACAGCCUCGAGUCUUCUUGGGUAUGACGCUACGAGCUUGGCACAUCUGUAUUUGGGGAGUUUCUCCCAUUCUUCUCUGCAGAUCUUCUCAAACUCUGUCAGGUUGGAUGGGAACGUUGCUACACAACUACUUUCGGGUCUCUCUGGAGAUGUUAGAUCAAGUCCAGAGACUCGAAGCCACUCUUGUCUUGGCUGUGUGCUUAGGGACGUCUAAGGUCACCUGGAUAACCAGACGUCUAAGGUCACCUGGAUAACCAGACGUCUAAAGUCACCUGGAUAACCAGACGUCUAAGGUCACCUGGAUAACCAGACGUCUAAGGUCACCUGGAUAACCAGACGUCUAAGGUCACCUGGAUAACCAGACGUCUAAGGUCACCUGGAUAACCAGACGUCUAAGGUCUCGACUCGCUAGUUAAUCAGUUCUAUGAAUGGAUCCGUUAAGUACCACGGAGAGAUGAAGAGGCUCCUAGUAGUACUAGUGCUCCUAGUAGUACUAGUUGUAGUGCUCCUAGUAGUACUAGUACUAGUGCUCCUAGUAGUAGUGCUCCUAGUAGUACUAGUUGUAGAUGGGGUGUAGAGCCCUCAGUUGUCCAUCCCUACUAGGGUUGCCAAACUCCAGGAACUUGUUUUUCCAGACAUCCUGGUUGGAGGAUUCACAGAAUCUGAAGGGAAUAAGAAGGAAAUCUGGAGCCCUCCAACCAGGAUUUCUGGAAAACCAGGGAAUUUAUUGAAAGUUCCUAGAGUUUUGCAACCCUUUCCCUACUCUAAGCAGACAUGGCAUGUACUCUACAUCAUCGGUACUUGGUCUCUAAAUCCAUGAACUGAGGGAAGACUAAGAAUUCCAUUCGUAUUGUGUUUCAUACACAAUGUUUUUAUUUGGGUCGUAUGUCUUCGUGUGCACGUUGUGUUUUUAUGUUUUUAUUGGUUUACGUUUGUCCAAACUAAAUAUACUGUAAGUCUAUUGUCUGUGCUCUUGUUGUUGAUGCAUUGGAUUGUGUAUAGGGUAUUCUACAUAUGCUAUUUUAAUAGGAUAUUAUCACUCUGGAAAUAAGGGAGUUGGGGCUUUGCUGCUUCUUCGGACUGAUUGAAUAAAUGUUUUAUACUGUU